AUCCUGGGCCCUGGGCUCUGAGGAAGCACCCUCACAGGUUCUGGCUUGGGAAAGGCACUCCUGCUUUUGGUGACACAUCUGCUCAUGUCUGGCUGCACAGUGCUGCUGCACCAACAAGCAGCAUCAUGUGUGUGUGCUGGCUGGCGAGCUGGACAUAGCUGUUCCCCUGGCCACCCAUGAGCAUGCUGCAGUGUGCACAGCAGGCAGAGACAGCCUCUCCAACAUGACCAGACUUGGCUGGUGUCCCUCAACCCACCAUUACUGAGUGUGGACAACCCCAGCCCUAUGUGAGACUAUGUGAGCCCUGUAUGAGAUCCAACAAACCCAGCACAUGGAAAUGCUCCUUCUUGCAACACCUGGCAGCUUUCAGUAGCUAAUCUGACUAGCUAGAGAAGCCAAUGAUGCAGAUUUCCUCCUUAAAUACAUUCAUUAAACAUGUACUGCUCAAGUCAGGGGUCCUAGGUUAGACAAAACAAAUCAGUCGUUCCUCAAAUCAGGCCUGUAAAGCCAUGAUGGACAAGGCAGUAUCACAAGAACAGGACACACAAUGGAGCCUAGAUUUUCCUGUUGCUCCUCCAAGAGCACACGUCUGUGUACCGGGUCUGGAAAGAGUCUCCCAGGUGGGGAGCAGCCACUGAGUCCUUUCCAAGCUCGGUGGUUGUCCUCUCCUCCUCUGGGAGUGGCACUGGCACCUUGUCAGCGCAAUGCUCGGCUGCCAGCCCGUUCUGGCUGCCCUCUGCUUCUAAUUGUUAACUUGCUGGGAAUGGGAAAGCUCUGGCUAGCACGGGUAGAGCUUUAACUCUGAGGCAGUCCCAAGAAACCGAGACACAGGAGCAAAGCUUCUACCUGCAAGUUUUUAUCAGGCUGUGAAUGAGUUUGGCACCAUGACUGCUGAGGACUCAACUGCAAGGAUGAGCAACGAUUCCUCCAAUGUGGCUACCACGAAAGUUCCUGAAGGUGUUGCUGGUGCACCGAAUGAGGCAGCUCUGCUGGCCCUCAUGGAACGCACUGGAUAUAGCAUGAUCCAGGAGAAUGGGCAACGCAAGUAUGGUGGCCCUCCUCCUGGUUGGGAGGGCCUGCAUCCCCCUCGUGGCUGUGAAGUCUUUGUGGGCAAAAUCCCCCGCGACGUCUAUGAAGAUGAGCUCGUCCCUGUGUUCGAGUCUGUUGGUCGCAUCUAUGAAAUGCGCCUGAUGAUGGACUUUGAUGGGAAGAACCGUGGCUAUGCCUUCGUGAUGUACACACAGAAGCACGAGGCGAAGCGUGCUGUCAGGGAGCUGAACAACUACGAAAUCCGCCCCGGCAGGCUGCUGGGUGUGUGCUGCAGCGUGGAUAACUGUCGGCUCUUCAUCGGAGGCAUUCCCAAGAUGAAGAAGAGAGAGGAGAUCCUGGAAGAGAUUGCCAAGGUGACAGAAGGCGUGCUGGAUGUCAUUGUGUAUGCCAGUGCUGCAGACAAGAUGAAGAACAGAGGCUUCGCCUUUGUGGAGUAUGAGAGCCAUCGAGCAGCAGCAAUGGCCAGGAGGAAACUCAUGCCAGGGAGGAUCCAGCUGUGGGGACACCAAAUUGCUGUUGACUGGGCAGAACCAGAGAUAGAUGUGGAUGAAGAUGUCAUGGAGACUGUUAAAAUCCUCUAUGUGAGGAAUUUAAUGAUUGAGACCACAGAGGACACCAUUAAAAAGGUCUUUGGGCAGUUUAACCCUGGCUGUGUAGAGCGGGUGAAAAAAAUACGUGAUUACGCCUUUGUGCACUUUACAACCAGGGAAGACGCUAUUCAUGCCAUGAACAACCUUAAUGGUGUAGAACUGGAAGGCUCGUGCCUGGAGGUUACCUUGGCCAAGCCGGUAGACAAGGAGCAAUACACUCGCUACCAGAAAGCAGCAAAAGGAGGGGCCACAGCAACGCCUGAAGUAACUCAGCAACCUAAUUAUGUUUACUCUUGUGAUCCAUAUACACUAGCGUAUUAUGGAUACCCAUACAAUGCCUUGAUCGGGCCCAACAGAGAUUACUUUGUGAAAGCAGGCAGCAUACGAGGCAGAGGGCGAGGUGCAGCUGGCAACAGAGCCCCAGGCCCCAGGGGCUCCUACCUGGGGGGAUACUCCGCCGGCCGCGGCAUCUACAGCAGGUACCACGAAGGCAAAGGAAAACAGCAGGAGAAAGGAUACGAGCUGGUACCCAACUUGGAGUUACCUGCGGUCAAUCCAGUGGCCAUCAAGCCUGGUGCAGUGGCCAUCCCUGCCAUUGGUGCCCAGUACUCCAUGUUUCAGGCUGCGCCACCAGCCAAGAUGAUGGAAGACGGCAAAAUCCACACUGUUGAGCACAUCAUCAACCCUAUAGCCAUCCAGCAGGACCCAGCCAGCGCAGCAGCUGCUGCAGCAGCCGCUGCCGCAGCCGUAAUACCAGCUGUCUCAACGCCUCCCCCAUUCCAGGGCCGCCCCAUCACACCGGUGUACACCAUGGCUCCCAAUGUGCAGCGGAUCCCCGCUGCCGGGAUUUACGGGACAAGUUACGUGCCAUUUGCAGCACCUGCCGCAGCAACGGCGACGAUAGCCACGCUACAGAAGAACGCUGCCGCUGCCGCCGCCUAUGGAGGAUACGCCGGCUACAUCCCCCCAGCGUUCCCAGCUGCCACCAUCCAGGUCCCCAUCCACGACAUCUACCAGACGUACUGAGACUGUCAGCAUAGGAGGGCAGCAGAGAAACACACACUGAAGGAACACUUUACUAUUUAUGAAGAAAGAAUUGGCUGCGAAAGAGUAAACAUUUGGUCUCAGUAAACUGAAACAGAAAGUGAAGAAUGUCAUAGAAAAACGUUUGAAAUAUUUUCUACGUUUGAAGUUUUCACUAACUUUUUUAGGCUAUUUUUAAAAUUUAACACACCUGUAUUCAUACAUUUCUAAAGGACCUCAAUGCAUCCAGCCCACCGCUGACGUGCAUUUAUACGCAUCCUAGUGGGGUUGCAUAGGGUCUUAAUUUUUUUUUUUUAGCAGUUAUAUUUUCAAUAUAUUUGUGGUAUGAAGGUUAUUUUUUAGUAACUUCUGCACUCCAGAAAUGUCUAUUUUGUAGUGCCUUUAAUAAUAUAUCAGCUAUAUAUUAAAAAGCACACUUGAGCAGCUAGGGAAAGUUUUAACAAUAUAUUUUGAAGAAUAUAUUCAAUAUUUAAAAAAAAACAUACCUUAGAGUUUUUUAAGAAAAAAAACAACAAGUAUCUUAUUUAAAAAAAAUACUGGAAAGUGCAAUUUGAAAAAAAUGUGCAAGACCUCUGCAUUUUUGUGCUGGCAUUAAUACAAUCUGCUUGUUCUUAUUUGAAAUCAGAACUAAUAUCGCCUGUUUGAAAGAAAAAAAGAAGCCUCCUCACACAAACCUCUUCACGGUGUGAUUUGCAGGCUCGCUUUAAGGAAAGGCUCUGAGUUUUCCUAAACAACUGGAGUUUCUAUUUAUUGAAGCUACUCGUAGUCUGAGCACGUGCAGAAACGAGUAGCUGCUAUUUCGCACGAGGUGUCUUGACUUAGAUCUUUAUCCAGUAUAAAGCCUAGGUUCUUUUUCAACUCUCUUUAUUUUAUUCUUUGAAGUAUAUGCUGUAGUGACUGACAAUAUAUGCUGCUGUUGGUGAGAGCAGGUGCGCUCUUGCUGAGAGGGUGCGCAGCGUUACUUACCCAUCGCUCUAUCAUGUUCUGUGAGAAAUUUCUGAGGUACUGGGGUGGUAGUAAUACUGGAAUUACUGAAACGGGGCUAGCCUCCCGCCCAGCCUCCCUCCCACGCUUAAUUCCCCUUCUCUGCAACUGGAGUUGUACAUGCACAACAGGGGUGGGAGCGUUAGACCCGACGAUUUUAAGACAUAGAGCCUGUAAAUAUCUUUUAAUAUACAUUUUUAGAGUCAUUUUAUGUUGCAAAUUUACAUGGUAUGUGGUUUGCCACAAAACAAAAACCUUUUAUUGCGAUGUUAUAAAAAAGUUUGUUUUAUUAAGAAGUAAAUAUAUUAUUGCAGUGUUUUGUGGCCUGUUUAAAGGCUUUUAUUUAGUAGUGCGGUGAAUGUAAAAUAUAGUAAAAUGGUAAAGAAAUACCUUGCCCAUUGUAUGAAGUGCGUCAGCCCUGCAAACACAGCUCGAGUGACACGGGGUGCAAAGCAGGGAGUGAGCAAACAACGUGCCUUUACUUUUUGUGGUACAAGUACCAACCAAAAGGGUUUCAUAUAGGGUAUAUUUUGACAACUGAACCCCUUCCAGACCAUGUCCAGCUCAGUUAAGUGACCUUUUUAAGGUGACCUUUUAAUAUACUUUUUUUCUUGCCUCAAAACUGAGCGGUUGUUUUUCAGGUGCUCUUGCUCAGCCAAGCUGAGCUCCCGCUCGCCCCGCCGAACCCGUAGCGACAGCACUGUGAGGAGGGGGUUAACCAUUAGGUUGGACUCUGCCCCUCCGCACUCCUGCCUGGCAUGUUUUUAUUGUCUCUAACUGUGCUCUCAAAAGUGCACCCAGACCUCAGUCCUGCGGCCCUGCCCGUUUUUUCGCAAGAGGAGGUAAAUUGGGCAAAGCCCUGGGUCGGCCGGCACUGCUUCCUCCGUGGGGGCUCCCUGUGGCCAAGGGCUCGCAUGGCUCAGCAGUAACUGCUGCCACGGAUCUGUGGGCUCUGCACAGACAUUCCCAGGCUCUGGAAAAGGCUGUCUGCUGGCUUGGGUCUCUGCAGACCCUUUCCAGCCCCCUGCCACAGCCACGUUCACCCGCAGAGGAGGGGUGAAGGUUGAUGGUUCCCUUCCCACCCAUCAUCUCCUCGCUGGCAGUAUGAGGGUCCUGUCACUGACAGAGGUGGCAAGGAGAGAAAGGGGCCAACGAGGGAAAAGCCCAAGGUGCCCCCGGCCACCGGUUGGGUACUGUCUGCACCAGGGCAGGAACGGGAGAAAGUGGGACAUUGGGAUGCAGGCAGGACAUGGGGACACAGGCAGGACAUGGGGACGCAGGUAGCUGGGUCAUGCUGAGCCUCCCGCCUGUGCUUUACACUUGCUUCUAAACCAUUUCGUGUACACUACUACUGAGGUAAGUCUGAUAACUUGAAAUGUGAACAUCUCUAGGUUAAGAACAAACUAGUCGAAUAAAUAUAUAUAUUAAAAAAAAAAAAAAAAAGCUAGUGUGCCUUAUUCUCAAAAGAGCUGAUAUUUUACCUGUUUUAUUGUAUCUCUGUUUUUCUGUAUUGUCAGAAGCUUCUGAGUUUAUUUAGUUCUUGCUCAAUUUACGGUACAUUUCUAGGAUGUAGUGAAUAAAGCAUUCUUUAAAAAUGGA